CGUCUCCAGAACUACAAUGGCCAAGCGCACCAAGAAGGUGGGGAUCGUGGGUAAAUACGGCACGCGUUACGGCGCGUCGCUCAGGAAGAUGGUGAAGAAGAUUGAGAUCAGCCAGCACGCCAAGUACACCUGCUCCUUCUGUGGCAAGACUAAGAUGAAGAGGAGGGCUGUUGGUAUCUGGCACUGUGGGUCCUGCAUGAAGACUGUUGCUGGAGGUGCCUGGACAUACAACACGACGUCUGCAGUCACAGUGAAGUCGGCCAUCAGGAGACUGAAGGAGCUGAAAGACCAGUAGACUGUUAUGUACAGUUUGACCUGGACGCUGUGUCGAACAUCUACCACAAUAAAAAUCAGUCUGGAGCAGAACACCGGAGUCUAUUUGUACUACUUGUGUUGCUGUUAGUACAGCCCUGUGUGUUGCGUGCCACCUUAGCUGAGUGUCUGAAUGUUACUUGGCGCUGAUGUUUAACUCCUACAGUCCCACUGUAAAGGCAGUGAGUUUUGGACUUCUAGACCCUUUUAAAAAAUAUUGUUUGAGCUCCAAACUUCUGGGUUAUUCCAUUGGUUUUCAUUUUUUUUCUGUAUGACUAACAAGCUCUUAAAAGCUAUGAGAUGCUGAUCCAAUCGAAUGCAGUGGAACCAUUACAGAAAAGAACGUGGUAAAACACUUUAUUGUGAAGCUAAAUUUCAGGGCUGGACAUGCAUAUAAAAGAGUGAUAAAUUGAUGGGGUCUGACUGAUGGGUUACAGUGCAUUUGGAAAGUAUUCAGACCUCUUUAACACAUUUUGUUACGUUAAAGCCUUAUUUUAAAAUGAAUUAAAUAGUUUUUCCCCCUCAAUCGACACACUACCCCAUAAUGACAAAGAAAAGCUUUUAGACA